GUCUACUUCAGGCAUUCGUCUCAACGCUUCCGUCGGAUGACAAUGUCACGAGCGUCCUUUAACGAGUUGUUGAUAGAGGAAGUGGCAAAGCGCCCACCUUUGUGGGACGUUUCUCUCGUCGAGUACAGAAAAUCCACGAAUAGGACUACGCUAUGGGAAGAAAUCAAGGCAGCGCUUGAAAUCGUCGAUCCUAGAGUUACAGUUGACGAGGUCCAAAGCCAGUGGCGCAUCCUCAAGGACACAUACCGAAGAAAACUAACAGAGCUGAAGGAUGAGACAAGGAGUGGCUCUGGCUGCAAAGCCAAAUCACGACGAUGGCCCUACAUGGAGCCCAUGCGAUUCAUGUUGGACUUGAUGGAACCACACCAAAGCCACAGCAACAUGUACAUUGAGGUACAUGAGAUGCCCGAGGUUGGGACACUGGAAAGUGACUGGCAGCCAGAAGGCGACCACCAGCCAGCAGGCGAUUGCCAGCCAACAGGCGAUGACCAGCGAGCAAGCGACGACCAGCUAGGAAGCAGCCGAGGGAAGGCGACCUUGGAAGGGCAUUCCACACAACCUUUGUUUGAAGAUAUUUAUAACGCUCCGGAAUGCCCCUCCGAGAUGCCUGGAUCCUCUGGAACACAAGUCCCCUGGCCACAAAGGCAAGGCAUUAAAAGAAAGAAAGACACGAAGGAGUUGGAAUCGGCUGACACCCAGCUUGCAUCUGUGAAGAGAGCAUUAGGAGCAUUUAAGCCCAUGACAUCUACAGCAUACUUUCUGCUCUCGUUAGAAGAAGCGAUGAAUGAGACACCUAAGCACAUGCAGCAACACCUACGACUAGAAAGGAUGAAUGUUGUUUCAUCGUAUAGUUGUGGGGUGUACCCAGAUCUCAUUACACGGAAAACAGAUCCAAACACUGGCUUCUUCAUAGAUGUACCAGAGGAUCAAUAAAACUACUCUUCCUGUCUCAUU